AUGGGCUUGAGCUCGUGUUGCACCGGCGGUGCCAUCUGUCUCCUCCUCUCCUUUACCAACGUGAUGCACGCGUUUGCCUCUCACGGCAGUCACUUGUGUCGUCCCGACCAGAAGGAUGCUCUCAUGGAGUUCAAGAACGAGUUCCAGAUCCACAGGCUCGAUGACGAUUGGAAGAACAAUUACCCGAAAACGAAAUCUUGGAAUAAAAACGCGGAUUGUUGCUUAUGGGACGGCGUCACGUGUGAUUCUUCGUCAGGCGACGUGACCGGUUUAGAUCUUAAUGGUUGUCUUCUCAACGGCCCCUUGAAAUCUAACAGCAGCCUUUUCAGACUACGACGUCUCCAGAGUCUGGAUCUCGGCGCGAAUAAUCUGUCGGGUCGUUUACCAGACUCCAUUGACAAGCUCAAAGCUCUGAACUUUUUGAAUCUUUAUAGUUGCAAUCUCUUCGGUCAGAUCCCUUCUUCAAUAGGGAACCUUUCUUACGUCACCGAUCUCGAUCUUUCUAGUAACAAUUUCGUUGGUGAAGUUCCAUCAUCAAUCGGCAGCCUAAGCCGGUUGACCCAGUUGCAGCUUGUGAAUAGCAACCUCAGCGGUAACUUCCCCCUCGCGCUUCUCAACUUAACCAAGCUAGAACGCAUUGAUCUCCGUUCCAACCAGUUCACAGGUCAGCUCCCGUCCAACCUGAGUAGACUCUCCAAAUUGGAAGAUUUCGAAGUGUCGGGGAAUUCAUUUUCCGGGACGAUUCCUUCGUCUUUGUUCAUGAUUCCUUCACUAGUUUGGGCCAUGUUUUCUCAAAACCAACUGACUGGUCCACUUGAGAUUGGGAAUGUGUCUUCAUCAUCCAAGCUUGGGGUUCUGUCCCUUGAUGACAACAAUUUCCAUGGACCAAUCCCCGUGUCUGUCUCGAAACUUGUCGGACUCUGGUUUCUUGACCUGUCUUCGUGGAACAUGGAAGGGAGCGCAAUGGAUUUCGGUAUGUUCUCGCGCCUCAAGUCGCUUACGCUUCUUGACCUCUCCUUUCUGAACACCGCAAGCACGGUCGAGCUAAGUGUUUUCUCGAACCUCAAGUCCCUUUCUACAUUGGAUCUGUCAGGGAGCAAAGUGAGUAUAAGUUCCACCACCAGUCUUCCACUACAGAUGGAAACCUUGACUCUGUCAUCUUGUAGCAUUGGUGAGUUUCCAUCUUUCUUGAUGGCUCUGAAAGAUCUGACGUAUUUAGAUCUUUCCUACAACCAAAUUCAAGGUCCCGUACCCGAGGGGCUGUGGAAACUGCCCGUGUUGAGUUUUGUCAACAUUUCUCAUAACUCUUUCCGCGCAUUUGAAGGAUCCUUGGCUGACACUCGGAUCGUUAUGAUAGAUAUGAGUUCAAACGCAUUUCACGGGCCGUUCCCGAUGUUACCGGUCUCUACUAUGCACCUUCUUGGAUCGACAAACUAUUUUUCUGGAGAGAUUCCUCGACGGAUAUGCAGGCUGACCAACCUUUAUACGCUUGAUCUAUCGAACAAUAACUUCAGCGGCUCCAUCCCUCGGUGCUUUGAGAAUCUUAAGAGUAAUCUUUCAGUCCUUCAUCUGCAGAAUAACAGCCUCACCGGAAGUAUUCCACCGACAUCUAUCGACGCUUACAACUUGAAGUCACUUAACCUCGGCCACAACCGAUUGGUUGGAACACUUCCCAGAGCUUUGGGCAACUGUACACGUCUACAGCUUCUAAAUGUGGAAAACAACAAGAUCAACGACAUUUACCCGUUCUGGUUGGAGUCCUUGCCCGAGCUGCUGGUUCUUGUCCUCCGUCUUAACGAGUUUUAUGGCCCGAUCUCUUCGCCUCGCUCCUCUCUCGGAUUUCCCAUGUUACGAAUGAUCGAUAUAUCGCAGAAUCACUUGAGUGGAGCACUGCCCUCACAUUACUUUGCCAAUUGGAGUGCUAUGUCAGUGAUGAAGACACUAAAAGAUCACACGCUAAGUCGGUUUGCGGGGCGUGGUUCGGGAUACAGUCACGAGUCGGUGGUGUUUACGAUUAAGGGAUUACAAAUAGAGCUGGUUGGGAGCAGUUAUGCAAUAUACACGAGCAUCGAUUUUUCUGGAAAUAGAUUUACGGGGGAGAUUCCACAGUCAAUCGGGCUCCUAGAGGAAGUGAUUGUACUCAACUUGUCGAGCAACGGCUUCACGGGCCAUGUUCCGCCGUCUUUGGCGAACUUGACAAAGCUCCAGUCACUAGACUUGUCCCGAAACGAGCUUUCGGGUUCGAUACCCCAGGAGCUCGGGAAACUCUCGUUCUUGUCGGUGAUAAACUUGUCCUACAACAAUCUCGAGGGUCCGAUACCUCAGGGGGCACAGUUUCAGAGCCAACCUUGUUCAGCAUUCUCCCACAACCUUGGACUCUACGGUCUACCCCUCGGACAAAGUUGCGGCCAAGCUCACACCCCGGCACCCGCGCCACAAGAAGAAGAAGCGGAAGCAGAAGAAGUCAUCAGUUGGAUAGCUGCCGGGAUAGGCAUUGCACCUGGCGUGGCAUUCGGAUGGACUAUCGGUUACAUCGUAGCUUCAUGCAAGCAUGAAUGGCUCAUCAGGACUUCAGAUCGAAUCAGACGCAUAUGGUUAUCAAGGUAA